AUGCCCAUGGCACCGCAGGCGGCACAUCAGCUUUACGAACCGUUCCGGGGUCUUUUCAAUGACUCCGGGCACGCGAAAGAAUACCGACAGAACAAGAUGCGAUUCAACCGUGAGCCAUGGAGAGAUCCUGCCACUGACCCAACCAUCGAGAUGGUUGAGCGUGAUCGCGACCGCAACGUAGAGCGCAUCUAUAACGCGAUGGUCAGCGGCGAUCAUGCUAGAGACAACCCCAAAUCAACUGCGCGGAAGAGAUGGAUCGAAGAGCCGCAUUACCAGUCCGACUUGGUGGAAGCAUACGCCCACAAGGUGUUUGACUGCCUGCUCGAGCAGGUUAGGAAAGGAUUCCGCGGUUGGCAGCAGAACGACUAUGUCAACGACGAGCGCAAGGGCGAGGACGAGGACAAAGACACCGACUGUGCCGGCCGGCUAGAUAACAUCGUCACCGCCCUCGCACAAGAGAAGUGUAUUUGCGAGAACGUCAUGUGCUCGGCAUGGCAGAUCCGCAUGUUCGUUAACGCACCUAAGGCGUACUCCAAGCGUAAGGAUCAGAACCGAGUGGGUAAUAGCAAGAGGCCAAACGCGAAAGGUCACAGUGUACCUGAUGACAAUCCGCGCGCAUCGAAGAGGGCUCGUACCAGCGCUGCUCCACGGACCGGACAGGCGCGUGGUCACUCUUCACCAGCUUCUGAGCUGCCAUUGUCGCGUGGAAACACACCGCAGGAGUCUUCGGGACCGAUAGGCUCACCGUACUUCACUACGCCAGUGGCCCAGCGAAUGACGGCCUUCAGCCCUCCGUCUAGGUUUCUAGCACCUCAUGCCCCAGCCAUGCAUCCUCCACCUCGAUCGUAUCAUACCUCGAUCGACCAACGUCUUGUCUCCGCAUCGUCGCCUCCUAUGCAGUCAUCAUUCACACAAGCGCAGACUCCACAGGGUCAGCCUCUCUCGCCAAUCACCUCUAUCUCACCUACUCAGCAUUCGCCCUUCCCACCUCCGCCGAUGCCACGGAGCAGGUUCUCAGCUUCAGCUAGCCCCGAUGACGUUAAGCCACCGAACAGGAACACAGACCCGUUCUUCAGUCCUUGGGGACAUGCAAUUCGCUCAGAUGCAGCCUCUCCUGGCGUAUUCGCACACUUGGAUCCAGUCGGCAGCUCGGAUUUCCCAGGAGUUGAGGACUGGCAGCAUGGUGUGGAACCGUUCCCGCCAGACGACGCGUCGAGCAAUGCCAACCUCUUCGCACAACAUCCUGAGAUGGGCGUCUGCCUUGCGGAUAUGGAGCUUUUGCCCUCGUUCACCGUGAACGAUGUUGUAGGUGGGAACGUCUUCGACCCCUGGCAGCACCAGGACAGCGGGCACUGA